GAUUGCUCGAAGUUAUCUCAAUAAACCGGGCGUAUUAGCAUACUCGUAGAAAUUAUAUAGCCCGGCUGGUAAACACCUCGGAUACUUGGUGCCGUGCGUUGGAUCGUGUAGCGCGGGAUUCGUUUUUGAAGAAAAUGUCCGAGUUGAAGUAUCUGUCAGGCUUCGGCUCUGAGUUCUCAUCUGAGGACCCUCGGCGGCCGGGCGCGCUGCCGGCGGGGCGGAACACCCCGCAGCGCUGCGCCUACGGUCUCUACGCGGAGCAGCUUUCGGGCUCUGCCUUCACCGCGCCGAGGACCGAGAACAGACGCACCUGGUUUUACAGGAUCCGACCAUCUGUAGUGCACAAACCCUUCAAACGCCUGGAUGUCGCCAAACAUCUCACCCACAAUUGGGACGAACAGGACCCUGACCCUAAUCAGUCCCGCUGGCUGCCGUUCGAUCUACCAACUACCGCAGUGGACUUCGUAUCCGGCCUGCACACAGUGUGCGGCGCGGGCGACCCGCGGGCGCGCAACGGACUCGCCAUACACGUCUACUUGUGCAACAAGUCUAUGGAGCGCAGCGCCUUCUAUAGCAGCGAUGGAGACCUUCUCAUAGUGCCCCAACAAGGCACGCUGCGGAUCACGACGGAGUUCGGUAUCAUGGAGGUGGCUCCCAACGAGAUCGCUGUAGUUCAGCUGGGCAUGAGGUUUUCUGUCGCCGUGGAUGGGCCAUCAAGGGGCUAUAUCCUGGAGGUGUUUGACGGGCACUUCAAGCUCCCGGACCUCGGUCCAAUCGGAGCCAACGGCCUGGCUAACCCGCGCGACUUCCUCACACCCGUCGCUAAAUAUCACGAUGAGGAUAAUAUCGAUUUCACGAUAAUCAGCAAAUACCAAGGUGCACUGUUCGCGGCACAGCAGCGCCACUCGCCGUUCGACGUGGUGGCGUGGCACGGCAACUACGUGCCCUACAAGUACAACCUCGCCAACUUCAUGGUUAUCAACUCCGUGUCCUUCGACCACUGCGACCCUUCAAUAUUCACGGUGCUGACGUGUCCGUCGACGAAGCCCGGGGUAGCCAUUGCCGACUUCGUCAUCUUCCCGCCGCGCUGGUCCGUGCAGGAGAAUACUUUCCGGCCACCAUAUUAUCAUAGAAAUUGCAUGAGCGAGUUCAUGGGGCUGAUCCUGGGCGCUUAUGAAGCCAAGGAGGGCGGGUUCCUGCCGGGCGGCGCCUCGCUUCACUCCGUGAUGACGCCUCACGGGCCGGACGCUCAGUGCUUCACUGCUGCGUCGCAAGCGGAGCUCAAACCGCAGAAGAUAGCUGUAGGGACUCAGGCCUUCAUGUUCGAGUCGUCACUAAGCAUGGCCAUAACCAAGUGGGGAGCAGAGACGUGUCAGAAACUAGACCCCAAGUAUCACGAGUGCUGGCAGGCGCUUCCUAAACUCUUCUCCGAUAAGAUCAACAUUUAGAAUAAAGUUCCGCAUAA